UCGUCUAUUUAUUCUCUCUCUUCCCCCGUGCACUCUCUCUCCACCUUUCUCUUUUUCUCUCUCCCGUUCUUCUUCCCGUGCUCUGCCUUUUAUUAAUCUCAUUGUCUGCCUUCUUUCUGGGUUUUUCAGAUUACAAGAUUGCUGAUUUGAGUUUCGAUUCUUGCAAAGUUGCUUUGAAACAACGAAAAGAAAGCCCUCAUCACAACGAGCAUGCGGUGGUAUAGCUUAUCAGUAGAUGUUUAUCGCAAAAUCAUCUCUCUCAACCUCUAUUGUCGUGUGAUUCUGUAAAGCCUAUCGAAGCCCUGUUAAAUUACCUUAUUACCCCUCCCAAUUUCUCGCUUUUAGCAAUCAUUUUCAAACUUUCAUCCAUGGGAACCAAUCUAUUUGUUGUCAUCCCUUGCUACUGUCGCUGGAUUAGUUGAAUCAAAACCCAAAACCCGUUCUAAUUUCAAUUAAAAAUCGUAUUUUUUUUAGAAUCUUUCUUGGGUUAUUUUCUUGGAUUGCUUAUCAAGAUCUUUAAGGGAGUUAAACUGAAUAUAAGAGUAGGUAAAAAGUAGUUAUGGUGUGUCAAUCAGCUGGACAAACAAGAUUUCGGGCUUUGAAACACGAAAAUGGAACAGCUGGGAGCGCCACCAUAAUUGUUAAAGUUAUAGCAUGCUUUCAACCUCUAGAUGAUUGUCAGGCUGAAUACUUCCGCCAUUUGCUUAAGCCUAAGUUUUCAGAAAUCUUUACACAUAUUCAAGUCAUCAUUCAACAUCCCGUGAUUAAUGGAAAAGGUGUCCCAUUUGGUUCUGGGCCUCGAGCUACAAUCCCAUGUUUUGGGAACACCGUGCGUCAAGAACCAUGUGGUUGGUUUUACGGUUUGCCACGUCAUCGCCAGGGUGUCAAUGUCAUCCCUGUGGUUAACAACAAAGAACAACUUCAAGUUUCAACUACUAUCCCCGAUGUGGGUCACACCACAAAUGGUGGACAAAAGAAGUUUCUUGUGUUUGAUCAAUCCGGUGAUCAAACAACUUUGAUUUAUAGUUCGGGAGUGGGACCCGCUCCUAUUCGAUACCAAUUCCCGUUGUCAAAUAACCCGAAACCACAAUCCGGGUCAAACCCGGUUCGUAUUAAAGAAAAUGAUUCAAAAAGUGAGAUGAGGGAGGAUACUGAAGAGCUUAACGCUUUGUUGUACUCUGAUGAUGAUGAUGAUGAAAAUGAUUAUUCUGAGGAGACGAGUACAGGGCAUUCCCCUAGUUCAAUGAUGUUUCUUGAACAAAAAGGGCAAAAUGGGAAUGGAAAAGAAGAGGAAGUUGCGAGUUCUGGGGGAGAUGGGAAAAAGCGUAAACGGGAGGAUGGGGGUAGUAUUGUAAAUGCACUCGAGGACACUGCAAGCUCGGGGGAAUCUGGGGUUGGGAAUGAGGGAAUUGGAGUGUUUGAGGAACAAUUGGAUAAUUUGUUGUUGAGUAAUAAGAAAUUGAGGAAAGAUAAGAUGAAGGAGACUAUAAAUUUGCUUCAGAAUUUGAUUCCUGGUGAUAAAAAUGGAAAGAGUGCUGUAAUGGUUAUUGAUGAAGCUAUCGGUUAUUUGAGAAGUUUGAAGGAGAAAGCUAAAGCUUUGGGGCUUGAUUCUCUUUAA